UUUGUCGGUGAGCGCCUAUUUCUUGUCCACCUUCUUCCACUUGGUGAAUAUUCUCAAACAUGAAAAGAACGACAACGGACCAGCAAUCAUCGUUCCAAACUGAUUAUUUUCUGACACAACUUUCACAUUUCACAGAAGCCAAAUUCUCUCUAUUCGAGCAUGCUCCACUUUCAGAACGACGGGAGCGGUUUAGGGUUCAUGUGGAGAGAGAUGAAAUGCCCUUGACUUUCUGCAAGACGGGAAUCAAUAUACCUGUCAAGUUGGAAUGGUCCCAAACUAAUGGAAAUGAGAUAAGUUUCCGUUCUCGGCCACUGGUUUUCAAUGGAAUUUGGGUAAAAGUCAUUGGAGCAAUGAACUCAGAAUCACUGGAGGGACGUGUUCGAUUCGAACGAUUUCAACGUGAGAAGCGUGAUCGUGUGAUUUCAGAAACCUUCGUGUUUCCAGAAGUUGAGGAGGAGCCAAUUGGACUGACGGAUGCUGAAAUUGCUGCCCUUCGACGCGAUGGUCUUCCCAUUUGAAACGGAGAUUCUUUUAACAACGGGUUAAAAUAUGUGACAAUCUGUAUGUAAUAUUUAGAAACAGAUCUAUGUGAUAGUUUUCGAGUUCCAAAAGUUGGCAAUUUUUGAGUCACCUUAUUGAAGUCUUUAUCAUUAGUAAACCUAGAUAGGUUUGCUUUUGAUAAAGGUAGUAGUUGGCAAUUUCGAAAUUCUACCGGGAACUUAACAGCUGUGAUUCACCACUUCUAUCAUAUCAGAACUUUGAAAUUUAUAGAAGAAUUUUUUUCUUCUGGAAAAUUUUUGAGAAAAUCAAAGCGCGUUAAUUUUAAAAAUUCCAAAAAUCUUGCGAAAUGUUUAAACUCCCUGAAAGCCACUUAAACUUUUAAUGUAUAGUUCUUCCAAAAAAAAAACAAAUCUAAUUUUGAAAUCUGAGGGUAAAAUCUAAGCCCUUCCUAAAAUAAAUCCACUGCCUGUUUAUUAACAUAACUCCCACCCCCCCCCCCCCCCUGUGAUAUGUUAUGUUCAAAUAUUAUCCUCUCAAUCUCUUCCACACUUCCGUUAUAUAUUUGCAUUUUGUUGUGAUCUCCUUGUGUUCGCUUUUCUCUCUUUCAUCGAAUUGAAUCAAAUAAAGUUGUAAUAUUUAUG